AUGGCCCAGCUGUAUCGAACUCUUACCGGCUCGUCGCAGAAAUCAGGUCAGACCAAUGGGUCUGGUCUAGCACCUCCGGACCUGGCCCAGAUCACAACUACGAAUACUCGAACUGGUGUGCUGAACCAUCUCUCAGAGCAUCAGGCCUCGUUGCUCGACGAAUUCAAAGAAAGGCUACAGAAAGACGAUACUGAAAAAUGGAUGAAAGAGCAACGCGUUGAGGAACUCUACGAGCACUUUGACGUUGAUUUCUUCGAAAGAGCAAGGACGCUGUACCCGCAAUGGACCGGCCAUCGCGACCGUCGAGGAAUUCCUGUCUACGUCUACGAAAUCAAGGGCUUGGAUACUAAGAGCGUCGACAAAUACCAGAAAGAGUCAGCUGCGUACAAGGCGAAGCUGCCCAACCACAAAGACCUCUCUACUGCCCCGAAGCUUCUUCCACUUUUUGCUCUUUACCACAACCUACUCAACUUCAUCCUCCCAUUUGUCUCAACGUUGGAGAGACCGAAGCCUGAAAUACCUGUGACGAAUUCUACCAACAUCGUCGAUAUCCAUGGUGUUAGUCUAAGGCAAUUCUGGAAUCUCAAAAACCACAUGCAAGACGCUAGUGUCCUUGCGACUGCUCACUACCCAGAAACAUUGGACCGCAUCUUUAUCAUUGGUGCGCCAAGUUUCUUUCCAACCGUAUGGAGCUGGAUCAAGCGCUGGUUCGAUCCCGUUACUGUCUCCAAAAUAUUCAUCUUAAGCAAAGCUGAGGUCACGCCAACUCUGGAGAAGUUCAUGGACCCUACAUCGAUACCGAAAAAAUAUGGAGGUCAGUUAGACUGGCAGUGGGGCGAUAUACCGAACCUUGACGCUGAAACUCGUGCUGCUCUUGAACGAGAUGGUAAUAAAGGUUGGGUCAAAGGUCCAGCUCUGUGGCUGAAUGGUGAACGAGUCGUGGUCGGCUCAGAAAACGGCAAGCUCAGAAGAAGUGAUAGAGAAAUCGCUGAAAAGAAGCCUAUUGUCUACGCUGCCGAUUACACAGAGGCGCCUGUCCACCCCGAUAAAAGGCUUUCCGUUGUCUCAAGCGGUCGUAAAAAGAGCUUGGAUGUUGCUACAAAUCCAACCGCGAACGGCCAUAUCUCGAAGCCUUCACCGAGUCCACUACCGGAGGAGGACAGGCAAUCGACAUUACCUUCUCCUGGAACAGGAGCAACUGUAUCUGCUAGUGCUGGCGCAACCAGGCAUGCUCAACCACCGCCAGCGCGAGAGCAACAAGCACCCUCUCAUAUACCGACGGCAGAAAUCCGAACUGCACCUAUGGCCGAUUUGCAAGUCCACUUGCCCAGUAACCAGGCAGCACUGCCCGCAACAACAGCUGAAUACAUCAGUCCUACUAAGUCCGCCGAACAGGUCGCACCUCCACAAGCAUCCCCUUCAGUAUCGUUACCCACCUCGGCACCAACCGAGCAGCUCGAGACUUACGAGUCAAGAGCGCAUGGUACAGGCGCCUCAGCAGCAGAGACUGCUGCAGCCACGUUCGUCUCGUCCCAAUCCACGACUAUGAACGACAUAUCGGCGGCUCCUCCUGGCCACACUCAGCCUGGUCCACUAUCUGCGCAUACAGCCGAGGUCAGCCGGGCCAUUGCUCGCAAGCUUGAGCUCGAAUCUACUGUCACCAUACCCGCUACAGCAAACGGCGCAUUACCACAUCCGGACGUCGUCGUUGCCAGUGAUGCUAGCAAAGGUCUAGCUAUGGAGGCCGAGAAGCUUUCUCUGAGCAAUACACACAAGAGUCUGCACGCGGGCCGACCUCAGCCUGAACGCUUCGUCACGGCUCUUGAAGUUCCGCAAAACUGA